GUUGAGAAAUCCAACAUCAACAGUCAGUCCUCUGGUUACUUUAAAGCGUUUCUACGACUCUUUUAAAAAGAUUUGCAAAGAAUUUUGUGAGCACACAUCCCUCCAUGGGCUCAAGUAUGUGGUUGGUUCCGAAUUUCAUGGAAGUACUCAGUAUCAUUCUCUAGUUCGGAUAGUGUGGGGAGUUAUUUCAGUGCUAGGUGUUGUGAUAACGCUCGCCAUGAUGCAACUGGCCUGGAUACGAUUUAAAAACACUCCAACGAUCACCACAAUCGAAACCACGUCGUACCCGAUUUGGAACAUUCCUUUUCCGGCUGUAACAAUUUGCAAUAUAAACAAAAUAGACAAAAGUCGAGUGAAAAAUUUGACCGACCAGUUAAUGACAAAGGGCCUCACACUUGACGAAGCUAAUCAACUGCUGGUUUCCAUGUCCAGUUUGGUGAACUUCGAAUCAUCCUUUCCGUCCGCUUUGGAGCACGAAAAGUUGCUAGGGCAGCUCGGUGAAAAUCCCGCCUCCAUGCUGCUGAAACUUAAUCAACCGUGCGAUCAACUGAUCAAGUAUUGCUACUGGCUAGGAGCGGAAGUUCCUUGUUCCAAAUAUUUUCAGGUUACGAAAACCCACGUCGGAUUUUGCUGCUCUUUCAAUGCCGACAAAUCGAUGUAUGUUGGCCAGAAGGCAAACUCGCGCAAUACUGGCCCGGUGAACAUUAGACUUUCGGGCGCUGGGAAGCACGUGGGGCUCUCCGUAACGGUGGAUAUUCAACCAGGAAACUACAUGGCACCGAUAAAGUCAUUUUACGGGGCAGAAGUUUUCGUACACAAUCCUCAGGAUUUUCCAGCGGAUUCGGAUUUCGAGGAUACCUUACAACCAGGAUGGGAUGUAGAUUUGUGUGUUACUCCCUUGCCAAUUAGCAGCAGUAGUUCGCUGAGGCGAGUCCCCUUGGAACAGAGGCAGUGCUUCAUGGAAAACGAGGGCAAACUACAAUCGAACAGUCAGUUCAGUUUGAACCUCUGCAUGUCUGAGUGUCGGUUGAGAACAAUCAUCAGGCUAUGCAAGUGUGUUCCAUUUUUUUAUGCUGAUUUCAAUAUUACCGAAGCGGAGAAUGUACCACUUUGCACUCUACAAAGUGUCGACUGUUUGAGGCAUUUCAGAAAGUAUUUUUAUAGUCUUCGACCGCCACCAGGAGUUUCUGGUCAACAAGAAGCGAACAUGAAUCUUGGUAUGGAUUGUGAUUGUAUGCCUUCUUGUAAAUUUCUGAAUUACAACGUUCAGAGUAUUGCCAGUAAACGGAAGCCGGGUUCACUCAAUUCAUCUUAUUUUGGUGGUCGCAAUGUUACAAACUACGCAACUUUACAUGUACACUUCAAGGACCUGUACUGCGUGAAAUAUCGGCGGGAAGCAUUUAUGACCUGGGACUCAUUGUUGGCUGCUUUUGGAGGUAUUCUCGGGCUCUGUAUGGGAGGAUCGGUACUAAGCAUUGUAGAGCUGCUUUACUACUUUACUGUGAAACCAUUUACCCUCUACCAGCUGGGGGUUCAAGAGAAGCAGCUAGCGGAAACAACAAAGCCACCGUUUUACAGGCGGAAACAUACUGCGUGUCGCAUGUUCAACCCACCACGCUAUCCGAUCGGAUACUUCGAAAGGAAGAAUGUUAUCUUUCGGGAGAAAAUGUACGAAAAGGUUCGAAAAAGGAUCACCGCUUUCAAACAGCAACAGCAAACUCUGCAACCUGCGUUGGUAAUUCCUGUAUUCGAGGGGAACCGUCAUCGAAAUGAGCUAGGAUUGGAGUUCGUAUAUUAAUUGGUACAUCGUUUAAUAAUCACUCACGGGGAAUGCGUAGAUUGGUGGCAGGUAUUUAUUUACACUUAAAUUUCUUGUGUUAAGAGAAACCAGAGACAUCACAUUUGUGUAACGGUAGAAUUCACAAUUUGGUGGUUUAUGCAUUAACGAUAUUUUGUAAUUUGCAUUCAUCAUCCCACGCUGUGCGAGAUAUAUAAGUGCAUUAGAUGAGAUAGAAGCAGGUUGAACAAAAAGUUUUUCGCUCUAUGACGAACCUUCAUUAUUGUAUAGCUCCUGAAAAAUCUUUGCAUGUUUCUUAGAAGAAUUAAACAAUA